AUGAUAUUUCACCAGAUAUGGAUAUGGAUUCGCAAUCAACUUUAUAGCGACAACAAAAUACAAGACACAACAUUAGACUAUGAUAUGAUUUCAAAAAAUGAAACACCCUCAAUUUGUAACAAAACCGAAUACAUCAAGCAAAUUAAAAAUAUUAAAAACCAAAUUAUUAAAGAGUAUUGUUUAUCAAGCACAAUACUACCAAAUAGAGUAAUUGUUGGUCAAUUCAUAUAA